CACUUCAUGAGCUCCAAUUCUUGCCGUCAGCAUACCCAAGCUUGCUCCUACACAACAACUCUUCCGCCAAUAACAAAGUCCCUGCGGUUAACUUUUCUAUCUUGGGCGCUUACUUCGCUUCUAUCCGUUGCUGGGAUGUGAAUUGAACCCUUGACAAGGAAGGAUCAAACCUGAACUUUCUGAUUGUUGGCUUACAAGCUGACAAGUAUGGAAACUCUAUGGGCUGAGACGUGGACCACUAAAACAAAGCGCUUGUAGCCGUAGGAUUCAAGCGGACUGUCUAAGCUGCGCCGAUAGGUUCUUUCAUUGGAAUGCCUGAAAAUUGCCGUCUGGAUAGGGCGGAAAUGCUGACCCAUUUCACAGCUCUCAUAUACCUGAACGCAGGGUAGAAGGGCGAAGGAUGCGGCGAAGCAUCGUGCACUAUUCCUCAACUGGAUUUAAGGAUAGCUUUCUUCGUCUCAGAAGCUUGUCCAGUACGUAAAAAGCUUCGCUCUGACCCCUUUGGCCCACGACAAGAAAUAUCGAGUAGUAUAUAAUAAUCAAACCAUAUUCCCUUUCACUCCAUCAUAUCCUCCAUUAUCCACACACUCCAAGAAACAUAAGCUACGCCAAGUUGCACUUUCUCCGCCCCGUGUGACCAUGAAGUCUGCCACGAUGAGACUCGUAGAGCUGAGCCUGCUGCUGGCAUCUGCUGAUGCUCUAACCCUCCGACCAGCACGAGCAAACCCCAAAGUCGUUGGUUAUGGCAUAAAUCGCCGUGAUACAUCUCCAUAUUCUACUCCGAUAUACAAUUACUUUGCAGGAUUUGAUUAUACCAUCAAUAUCACAAUCGGAAGUCCUCCACAAUCCGUUAUGGUUGUGGUCGACACUGGAAGCUCAAACCUCAUCGUCAACUCGCCGCAAAGCGAUUUCUGUCAAGGCGGCAACUGCACCCAAUAUGGAUCCUAUGAUCCUACAACUUCGGAUACGUCAAAAUGGUAUAAUAACCUCAUGUACACCCAGUACGAAAUUGAAACCCAGAAAGGAGCUUGGGUCACGGAUGAUGUUACCUUUGGAGGAAAGACAUUGACUCAAAUUCCGAUUGGGUCAGGAAAUGAGUCGUCGAACAGCGAUAUCAACAUUUGGGGAUUCGGCGGCAAUGGCCAGUUAGGUGCAGCCCUUCCCGGGAUCCCAUCAAACGAUACGACUCUUAAGAGCAUACACAAGUCCGGCGUCAUAAACUCCGCCUCUGUUAGCAUCUAUCUCAACCAAACUGGCUCUGAGACUGGUUCAAUGUUGUUCGGCGGAGUGGAUACUUCGCUUUACACUGGCACCCUGCAAACUCUGCCAGUCAUUCCAAGGGAUGGCUUCUACGAUCGACUGACCGUCAACCUCACCACGAUCUCGUACAAUGAUGGAAAGACGACCAAGUCCAUAGAAACCCAUCUCCCAACCAGAGUCAUGCUCGACACUGGAAACUUCGAUAUCAAGCUCCCGCUUGAGAUUGCAACAGCCAUUCAAAAAUCGUUUGGUAUCACCCAGCAGUUCCACUUAAAGGAAUAUGAUUUCGCCCUGACUGCAUGCUCCAUGGCCGAUAGCCCUGCAGUGGUUAGCUUUGGAUUUGGAGGCGAACUUAUUAAUGUUCCAAUGAGCUCCCUCGUUGUCAACCCACCGGAGAGUAUCUUAGCCAGCUAUGGUCUGCCGCCAGGAACCCUUCCAGAGGGAGUCUGCCUAUUCCUCAUCAACGGCUUCAAAGAUGAGUUAGUUGAGUCUGGACAAUUGGUGUAUAUCCUCGGCGGCGCGUUCCUCGCCAACGCUUAUUUUGUCUCCGACGAGGAUUCUCAGGAAAUCGGCCUUGCCCAGGCCAAUUUCAACCCCGGCCCAAGCAACAUUUUGGAGAUUGCUCCAGCAAACGGUGGCAUCGCGGGUAUCAACAAUAGCACAGCUGGCAGCGGCGCAAGCAAGCCAGGUGGAACCCCGACUCCAACUGGAGGUGCUGUGCCAUCCGCCACUCAGACGGGCGAUGCGAUGAAGGCGUGGCAUUCUCCAACGGGGUGGAUCGUCGCGGCUGCAGGAGCCUUUGGUUUACUUCUCUCCUUUUAAAUGUCUAUGGUAGUGGGGAAUCCAAUAGGUAGUUUGGCGCAAUUUGUUCGAUUGAGG